AUGUCUCCUUCCUCUCCCCCUAUCUUUUCUCCCAUUCAGUCACCCUCUCCUCAUUUCCUCUCCUAUCAUCUUCCACUCUCUCCCAUUCCUUAUUCUUCACCCUCUAUCAUCUCCCCGAACCCUCGUUCGUUCUCACAUUCUAUCACCCUCUCUCCUUCACCCUUCAUCCCUCUUUCGUUGUCUCCCUCUCCUACUCUCUACCCUUCCACAACUUUCUACCCCUCCCUAUCUACCUUUCCUUCAUUUAUAUCAGCCUCGCUUUCUCACUUUUCAUUCUCUUUCCUCUACUCUUUCUCUAUCUCUCUCAUCUUCUUUACUCUCUCCUACUUAAUUCCUUUCCCCCGCUAUUCUCUCCCCUACGUCAUCCCUACUUUCUGGUACACUCUCUCUUUUAACAUCUGUCUAACUCUCACCAUCUCUAUCUCACCCGCUCUACAUCUCUUUCUUACUCUCUCUCUCUCUCUCUCACUUUUCAUUCUCUCUCUCAUUUUCUCCCCUCUUAUCUCAUCUUCUUUUCCUCUAUUCCAUCUCUCUGAUAUCCUUCAACAAAUUCUAUUGAUUCCUUUCUCAACAAGCAGAGAAUUGGAAAGCAGCAGCAGAUCACUGAACUCUUUACGUCACACACCUUUCAAUUACAUCAUGAUAUCUCUUCAGGGCGUGGGCGGUCACAACUUUCUUAUCUCUUAUCUGCUCAUAUCUAUCUACAUCUGUAAAUUUAUCUAUCUCUCGCAGUUUGCCCAUAUCUAUCUAUCUAUCUAUCUAUCUAUCUAUCUCUGUUCGUAUCUAUCUAUUUCAGUCACUGUUCAUAUCUAUCUAUUUAUCUAUCUAUCUCAUCAGUCUUUCCUUCAAUCUAUCGAUCGAUCUAUCUCAGUAUGCAUAUCUAUAUCAGUCUGUUCAUAUCUAUCUAUUUCUAUAGAUUUAUCUAUCUGUCGCAGUUUGUCCAUAACUGUCUGCAUAUCUAUCUAUCACAUCUCACUCUUCUCUUCAUACCUAUCUAUCUAUCUAUCUAUCUAUCUAUCUAUCUAUCUGUUUCUCUGUUUAUAUCUAUUUAUCUCAGUCUCUUCAAAUGUAUCUAUCUAUCUCAGUCUGUUUAUCAUUAUCUAUCUAUAUAUUUCAUUCUCUUCAUAUCUAUCCUUUUAUUUUAGUCUCUGUUUAUUAUCUAUCUAUCUAUCUAUCUAUCUAUCUAUCUACGGAUAUGAUAAAAAGAUAUACAUAUACGCACAUAUACGGAGCUGUCUAUCGAUCGAUCUAUCUCAUGUCAGUUUAUGUCUAUCUAUCUAUCUAUCUAUCUAUCUAUCUAUCUAUCUAUCUAUGUCUUUUCAUAACUAUCUUUAUAAAUUUACUUCUCUAUCUCAGUUACUCCAUGUCUGUCUGUCUUUCUAUUUAUCUAUCUCUCUCAGUCUGUUCAUAUCUAUCUAUCUAUCUAUCUAUCUCACUUCGUAUGUAUCUAUCUGUCUAUCUCAGUCUCUUCAUAUCUAUCUAUUUAUCAAUUAA